AAAUAACGGCGCAAUUUAACCUCAAGAAAAACGAAUUACAAACCCUUGCUCAAAAAAUUGGUGAACUUGAAUCAGACGUCGACGAGCAUAAGGCUGUAAUAGACACAAUAGCCCCUCUAAACGGGGAUCGUAAAUGUUUUCGACUUGUGGGUGGCGUGUUGGUUGAACGUACUGUAAAAGAUGUGUUACCCGCUCUUCAAACAAAUCACGAUGGGGUACAAAUUAAAAGUGCAAUAGAACAAUUCGUUCAGUCAUAUAAGACUAAGGAAGAAGAAUUUGCUGCUUUUCAAAAGGAACAUAAUAUCC